AUGCCCUACAUCGCCCGGGUUAAUGAGCUCCCCGAGAUAGCUGUCAGAGGUGGGCUCGUUGACCCUCGGGCUGAUCACCAGCAUUCUUUCAACAAACGGAUCUCUUGUCGGGAUGUGACCGACUUCAUUUCCAACACAGCGGAGGUCUCGCCUUUGGAAUUACGAGACAAAAAGGCUGCUGCUAGGCACAUGAGCGAUUCUCGAGCCAGGCUCUACAAGAUCCUCGCCCGUACGAAUGAGCUCAGCCGACCUUUGGCAGUCAAGUGUUCGGAUCAGCCCAUCUCCGACCUACUGCCAGGGCUGGUCGUUACGGGUGGUCUCAGUCGCUCGCCUGCUUUCGAUUGCCUGCCUGUCGUCUCCCAUUGGGGUGACCGUACCGACGAGUAUUCAGCAGAGGACCCUGCCGCCACCGUCCGUCUUUCUUCAACGUGGAAUACCAUCCAUGUGCGCGGAGAAGGUGCUACUAGGGAGUCCCCUCAUGGAGCUCCCUGCUGGUCGUUAAAGACUCAUGGCAUCGGUCCGGUGGAGCCUGGGUCGGGUAAAUUCUCUCAGCAAUACCUUGCUGAAACCGAUACGCUGACGACGACGGUUAACUUGGUGCGUCGCCCCGACACCGUUCAGACCCGAGGAGUACUUAGCGCCGCCGCAAGUGUCUCUUGGAUGCGCAACACGCGUGUUGCAGACGCCGUCGAUUGUGCAAUUGGGCUGCUGGCCGACGCCGCCAUUCUCUUGGAAGCCCGUGAUAAGGUGAUCACGACUAAAAGGACAGAGCGUCUGGACUUUGCAGAGGUGCGCGAGGUCGUGAUGCCCACGUGGUGCUCUGCCCGCAAGCCCCUGGCUCCGAAGCUGAGCGGCGUGGCGGAUUCGCCAGACAAAGUUACUGACGAGCUCUUCGCAACAGAGGCGUGUGAAGGUCCUCUAAUCAACACUAGCAUUUUCUCCAUGUCGAUGGGCUAUAACCGCGGCGUCUAUGGUGGAUCAAUUUCUGGCUUGUGGGCUAUCAUGGACUCGGCUUUUGUCCUUGAUUACUCUGUCGGCACUGAUAGCUCUGCGAUGGCGGACAGACUCUCUUUUGCUUUCGCGGAGGUGACUGCCUCUGCUGAAGCAUCCGCCUUCGCUGGCCCGCAUAUCGACGAUGUCCGAAUCGUCAAGGGCUGCAAUUAUGGAUGCCUACGCCAGAAGACCAUCAUCGAGGACGCCGACCCUGUCGAAUCCAGCCCGUGCAUGGUUGUAUGGAACGAUCUUGACCGACUUGCCCGUUACAAGCUCGCUGACGCCGUUUUCUGCCACGUCUAUUAUGAUUCGGGUGGCGGCGAGCAGAUGGCUGCUAUUGCCGGCCUUGGGUGCGUUGCGCACGACUGGAUCGAUCUCGGGCCUGAUAUUAUGUGCGGAGAAGUUAGUAACAUCAUCCCUUCUUUGACACGGGGUUCUUUGGAUGAGGAGCCACUGGCAGAGGUUUACUCGCGCUUGAUUGGCGCUAUGAUCUGGUACCGGAACAACGACCCUUACAACCCGGCAGCCCUCUGCCUUCUCUUCACACACUGGUGGCAGCUUUCCAACUGCCGACACAGGCCCGUCACCCUCCUUGGCCGGACGGACCUUGGUGUGGACGCUGCCAUCGCCCCCACAAUGCCAGAAGGAAGACCCGAACUGGAGCACUUCCGAGCGAGCGGUACUAGGAUCGAGCGCGGUGAGGGUCCUCUCUCCAGCGCGGAGGCGCGGCUCCAAAAUCUCCUUUCCUCUGGCAUCUUGCCGGAAACCCGUGCCGUCAUUGACCACCUGGUGAAUCCUGUUCUCGCUUACAUGAAAGGGGCUGAUACUCUACCCUCUGAGAGUGAAUACGUCGGGACCGUUCUCGCUGCCGAACUAGCUUACCCCCAUGGACAGAAGAUCAUGGAGUUAUGGGACCUUGCCAUCGUCAUGUGGGAGUGUGGAGCAAUGUGGGCGGCUGGAGUGGCAGGUCUUUGCUACACUCACAUCGGAAAGGCUAACUGUGACCGGGCUCGCCAUGACUUGGCUGACCAUACCUGGAGUUAA